AGGACCACAAAUGACAAGGCGGGCGGGUUACUUUUUUCUUUUAUAAUAUCUUCCCAAAACCAUCGAGUGGAUGAUUUGAACGGCGCAGAAAUGGCACAUGGAAAAAGAAAAAACAAGAGCAAAACGUGGACGAAUACGCGCUGUCUCGGCAGACGCAAAACUCACAACAAUGAUACCAAACAGAGGACACCCUCACCACUACCUACUACUACUACUUCUCUUCCAGUAUACCAUACCACAUCCUACUACUACGACUUUUUCUUAUAACUACAAACAUAUCCAACACGGACCUCUUUCCUCAUUUUGUCAAUUACCUUAUGCUAUGAUUCUUGUCCAUUUAGCAGUUCAUCUUUGUUGCCCAGUUCUCAAUGUCUCAUUUUCUGGUUCAUGGUAUUAAUGGGACGGUCGACAGAGUCCUGGGGCGUCUUCGUGCUUGCACUCGGUUUAGGCUUGGAUUCGCUAUGUACAGAGCUUACGCAACAUUUGCACAAAGCAAAGCCAAUCUAUGUGUCAAGAAU